CCGCUCUGCCAAAUCAGUCUCAGAGCAUUCAAAGAGAGAGAAAGAGUGAGUCGUCCUCAGUCAAAACUUUCCGUUCAGAAAGCUCAUUGAAAGUAGCAAAGCAAGGCUGUGGAGCCUGGAAUUGCAAUUGGCACUUUACCCUUUCCGCCUCUCUCAACCUUCUCACUUCGACGGAAAAAUAUUUUUUUUAAAAAAAAUUAUUAUUUUGUAUUUCUCUCUGUGGUUUCGUCCUCUCCGGUUCCAGUCCAGUUGGUGUCCAUUGAAGUUGUUCAGAUCACAAGCUUUCUCAAUUCGCAAAAUGUGAUUAAACUCACAGCUACAGGUUUAUGUAUGCUUUUGCUGUAUUAUCUGGGCUGUGUCUAUUAACCAAAUAAAAAAAUCUUAUCUGGCUUAGUUCACCGUUAUGGCUUCGGGUGGUGUGAUGCCUUCAGCUGUUGGGAAACCAAAAAUUGAUGCAAUGCUUGUUGACAAACUUCCUGAAGAAAUCAAUGAAAUGAAGAUCAAAGAUGAAAAGGUUGAAAAGGAAAUGGAUGCGGCUGUGGUGGAUGGAAAUGGUACUGAAACAGGGCACAUCAUUGUAACUACUAUUGGUGGUAAAAAUGGUCAACCUAAGCAGUCCAUCAGUUAUAUGGCAGAGCGCAUUGUGGGACAGGGUUCAUUUGGAAUUGUGUUUCAGGCCAAAUGUCUAGAAACUGGAGAAACAGUGGCGAUCAAAAAGGUUUUGCAGGAUAAGAGAUACAAAAAUCGGGAGUUGCAGACAAUGCGCCUUCUUGAUCAUCCCAAUGUUGUUUCACUUAAGCACUGCUUCUUUUCAACUACUGAAAAGGAUGAGCUGUACCUUAAUUUGGUUCUUGAGUAUGUACCUGAGACUGUAUAUAGGGUAGCUAGGCACUAUAGCAAGGCAAACCAGCGAAUGCCCAUGAUUUAUGUCAAGCUAUACACUUACCAGAUAUUCAGAGCUUUGGCAUAUAUUCAUGGUAUUGGAGUUUGUCACAGGGAUAUCAAACCUCAAAAUUUACUGGUCAAUCCUCACACCCAUCAGGUCAAACUCUGUGACUUUGGAAGUGCAAAAGUUCUGGUCAAAGGCGAGCCGAACAUAUCCUAUAUUUGCUCUCGAUAUUAUCGUGCACCUGAACUGAUAUUUGGGGCUACCGAAUAUUCUACUGCAAUUGACAUAUGGUCUGUGGGUUGCGUCCUUGCUGAGUUGCUGCUUGGACAGCCUCUUUUCCCUGGUGAGAGCGGAGUUGAUCAGCUGGUGGAAAUAAUCAAGGUACUAGGGACUCCAACUCGUGAGGAAAUCAAGUGUAUGAAUCCAAAUUACACAGAGUUCAAGUUCCCCCAAAUCAAGGCUCACCCAUGGCACAAAAUUUUUCAUAAGCGGAUGCCUCCUGAAGCCGUUGAUCUGGUAUCAAGACUUCUCCAGUAUUCUCCCAACUUGAGGUGCACUGCCCUGGAGGCCUGCGUCCACCCAUUUUUCAAUGAACUUCGUGAUCCUAGUAGUCGUCUCCCUAAUGGACGCCCAUUACCUCCCCUUUUCAACUUCAGACCUCAAGAGUUGAAAGGAGCAUCUUUGGAACUUAUUGCCAAAUUGAUUCCUGAACAUGCUAGGAAUCAGUGCCCCUUUAUUGGGUCAUAGGCUGUAUCGAAGUUUCAUGUAGCAUGUGUAUACUUGAAUUAAUAUGUGAUGUAGCAUGCUUGUCCUUCAUAUGUUGACAGAAGAAUCAGAAUGUAACAGUGCUGUAUGGAUGUUCUCCUUCUUUCUGUUCUAUUCUUGUCUACAUGGAUGAUUAACGUCAGUAAUAUAUGUAACCUUUUGUGCCUGUAUGUAAGGCUCAGCGCAUUGUUGCUAAUUGCCAUAAUACAAUUGAAGCUUGGUCCUGAAGUGAAACCAUUACAGUUGUGUGAAUGUUCCAGUUGAA